AUGCACACACGCUCUAGGGGUCUACCUUUAGAGCCUAUCGAUCUUGAGAUCGAAGCAUCCAACAGAAGGAGAAACGCUUUGAGAAGGCUAAAUCAAAGGAUCCGAGUCUCUUCUCCUGUCCAAAGACGAUCACCUUCAUCAGUUCAAGAAUCACCGUCACCUACUCCGUCACCAGUUCACUCCCCUAUUCAGUUUGAGCCGCAUUCUCCUAUUCUGAUGGAGAACGGAGACGGGAAUGAUGUUCCACCACCUCCUCCAACGAAUGCUCAGCUUCAACAACAACUCGAAGACUUGCAGAGGCGGCUAGAUCAAAGGCAGAAUGUGAUACAUGUCCAAAACAUGUAUGCCUAUCAUGGGGUGGCAAACCCACCCGUUGGCAACAAUGUUCAUGCCAACACAUUUGAACUCAGGAGAGGAUUAAUUCAGAUGGCUGAAAACAAUGCUUUUAGAGGCCGACCCACCGAGGAUCCUAACAAGCAUCUCACUAAAUUCAUCCAGAUCUGCAACACGACGAAGAUAAAUGGAGUCACAGAUGAACAGAUCAGAUUAAGGGUAUUCCCUUUUUCUCUGGAGGAUGAUGCCAAGGAUUGGCUGGACAGUAUGGAGCCCGACUCCAUUCGCACGUGGGAGGCCAUGGUUGAGAAGUUCUUAGAAAAAUACUACCCACCGAGUGAGGCAUUGAAGAGGCAGUCAGAAAUCAUUUCGUUUGAGAUGACUCCCCAAGAGAGUAUCCAAGGAGCUUGGGAAAGAUUCAAGGGGCUGAUGAAGAGGUGCCCCAAUCAUGGGCUGAAUCCGACGCAUCAAGUCCUAGCAUUCUAUAGGGGGUGUCUGCCUGAAGCAAAGCGCGAACUGAACUUAAGCGCAGGGGGGUCAUUGCUAAAGAAGGGAGAAGCAGAGGCCAUGGAGGUGAUUGAGAGAGUGACCUCUAAUGAUGAAGGCUGGAACAACGAGAGGAGCAACAUACACAGAGUAGCCGCUGCCGCAGAGAGCAGCCAUAUGGACAGCAUGUAUAAACAAAUGGAGCUCCUCCACAAGAAGAUAGAUCUCAUGGGGAUGGGACCGGAUAUACAGGAGCAGAAAGAGUGUGUAAAGGAUGUUAGCUACAUACACCAAGGGGGCAAUAGAUACUAUAACAACUCCCGCCCCAAUCAAGGGGGUGGAGGUUACAAUCAUUUUGGGAAUAAGGCGCAUCCUAACCUAUCAUAUGGGAACCCCAACAAUGCCCUUCAACCACCACCGGGGUUCACGGUUUCUCAAGGAAUGAUCACUAAGCCGCAUAACAAAAGUUCAGAGGACAUAUUGAAUGCAUUCAUGAUUCAGUCACACAAGAACAUGGAGCAUACUAAUCAAAGGCUAGAGAAAGUUGAGAAUAAUAUGCAUGGCAUGGCAGGACAUAUGAAGAGCCUGGAGACGCAGAUGAGUCAGAUUGCCCAAGCCGUGGGACAAUUACAUCAAUCGGGGCAAUUCCCAAGCACUACAGUUCCAAAUCCAAAAGACUGCAAGGCAAUCUACUUAAGGGGUGGGACAAGCUAUGAGAGUCCUCCUAUGCCCGAGGUGGAAGCUAAAGAAGUACCCGAAGAGAAAGAAGAAGAGGAGAUUGAGAUGGAAGCACCUCUUAUGCAGUCUGAGGUUCAACCCGAGACAAUUGCUCCUCCCACGCCACAAGAGGUUAAAAUUCCUUUUCCUCAAGUGGUGCAAAAGAAGAAGUUGGAUGAGAAGCUUGUUAAGUUCCUUGAGAUCUUCAAGAGAGUGCACCUCAAUAUUCCUCUUAUUGAGGCUCUCCAACAAAUGCCCGGCUACCUCAAGUUUUUGAAAGAGAUUGUGUCCAAUAAGAAGAGGUUGGUUGAUUAUGAAACCGUAAACUUGACCGAGAAUUGUAGUGCAAUCAUCCAAGAAAAGAUGCCGGCAAAGAUGAAAGAUCCGGGGAGCUUUAACAUUUCUUGUGUGAUCGGGAAUGAUAGGCAAACUAAGGCCUUGUGUGACUUAGGGGCAAGCAUAAAUCUCAUGCCUUUAAGCUUCUUCUGA